AUGUCGCUGGGAGUGGGUGUCUUUUCACUCCCCACUGUCUUGAACUCGAUCGGAUGGCUUUGGGGGAUGGGCCUUUGCUGCUACUUUGGGCUGUUGUCCACACUUCUCAUGCUGAACCUGCUGGACAUUGUCAAGCAUCACAACACGCAGUCCUGGGAGGAUCUGUGCCGCCUUGCGCCGCUGGCUCGUGCUUUCUCUCGGGUCAGUCUCCUCGUUUCCAUGCUGAUUGCCAAUGCUGCACACAUGCAAACUAUCGCAGGAAUGCUUUUUGACCUCUUGACUGUCUUCGUUACCGACGACUAUGGGCAAUACCAUUUCAGCACUUUCCAGCGGGGUGCGUUGAUUGUGAUUUUCCUUGGUGUUGCCAGCCCGUUCUGCUUCGCCGACAAUCUCGCUGCUUUGCAGCAUGUGGGGCACAGUGUUGCUUUGGUCGUGAUGCUGCUCUGUGCCACCGUGGUCAUCUCUUCCUGCAUCUCCGUCGGCCGUGGUUUGGGAGCCCAGGGCGAGUAUGCGACACCAGCCGCGGUGCCAGACCUCAAGGCAUUCGUCACCUCUGCUCCCAACGUUUGCUUUGCAUUUACCGGCAUGCUCAGCUUUUGGGAGGUUUUGCCAUACUUGAAUACUUUUUUUGGGGUGGAGCAAGCCUUCCCGCGCAUGAAGAAGACUGCCAUCCUUUCUGGCAUUUUGGUUCUCAUCUUGUACUUGCUGGUGUCAGGCUUCUGCAUCUUGGCAUUCGGCACCGACGCUGGCAAGCAGAGAAAGGGCAACGGCUACGGAAACGUGCUCUACAACUUCCCUGUGGACAACUACCCCGUCACGCUGCUGUGCGCGGCCUUGGUGAUCGUGAUCGUCCUCGAAUAUCCCGUCAUCAACUUCCCGAUGGUCAACAUGAUCUUGAACGUUCAGACCCUGGGCUUGAAGAGCAGACGCUAUGCGAGGCACUUCGUUAGCCUGGCUGGGAUGCUGAUCGUGAUUUUGCUGGACCUUGCCGUGCCGGAUCUGCCCGACGUCAUCGGACUUUGUGGUUCUACGGGCCUCAGCCUAUUCUGCUACGUUGUACCAGGCUACAUCUGCGCAGUGGCGGGCCAGGGGCUUCUGGGCAAGAUCGUGGGCACCUUCUCGAUGGUGACCGGCCUUAUCAUGCUCUUCGGAGGCACCUUUUUCAUCCUGAAGAGAGUUGUCACAGGAUCCGAAUGA